CCCACCCUUCACUUUGACUUGAGAAAGCUCUCAGUUGGUGAGUUAUGUCCAUGCGGUCGAUGGUUUUCAGUCGGCUCAUGAUGUCCGGAGUUCGCAGAGCUUCGGUCGUCGCUGUCGCCUUCAUUCUCCUCGGUGUUAGUGUGACCACAGAGGCGCAGACAUCGACUCCAGCUCCAGCCCCGACCCCUUGCGCCUUUAGAUCCAACACCAGUUGUGCAGAGUGCCUGCAGAAUGUCACUUGUUUGUGGUGCAUGCCAACUCAACAAUGCAUUGACUACCCAAUGAGGAACAUCCUGCCCCCCAACAGUGUGUGUCCUUUGACUGAUGCACGAUGGGGGGUCUGUUGGGUCAACUUUCAGAUUCUGAUCAUCACCAUGUCGGUACUGGCUGGCAUCAUCAUCAUUGCCCUUCUUGUUUGCUGCCUCUGCUGCUGCAAGUGUGAAAGAACUGGAAACAAGAGAGAGGAUGCGAAGGUGGAGCGACAAACCCGUGCGAGGAAGGCCCGUCAGAAAGCAAAGAGAACUGAAAUGCAGUUGAGGCAUGAUGAAAUCAGACAGAAAUAUGGUCUGGCAAAGGAUAACCCUUACUCUCGUAUGGACGACCAUUAAGACGGAUCUCAAAUAUGAUUUCUUAAAAAAAAUCCCUGGAGAUGAUCUUAUAUAUGCCAGUAACAUUGAGAUAGCGUAUAAGUAGCAUAUGAUAAACUGUGAUUAUACAGAUUGAUUUCAGUGUUUCAGUGAUGGUAUAAAAUUUUUUUUAAAAAGUCACCAAAAUGUUCUGAAAUCAUUUUGACUGAGUGUGCACUAUUCCAAACAUGGUCCGUUCACCUAAUGUUUCAUUUUUUUAUACACGUUGUAUUAAUAUUUCUUCUGCCUUCAUUUUGAUGUGAAUGUUUAUGCGAAAUUCUGUUUAGUUGACUUGUUUUUCUGUCCACACAGGAAAACAUAUGUAAGGGCUAACCUGUCAAAACAUAUUGUCCAUCAUGAUCAGAAAACAUUAUUGUGUUAAUUUCCAUAAAAUGCAGUGUUGUCCACAACUCUAGAGCUGAUUGGUGCUUUUUUUUAUAAUUUGCAGUUUCACUUUCAUUCUGCAUUUGUACACUUUUACUGAUCGCCAUGUCUAAAGUUUACCAUUUAUUUUUGUAUAAAAGUUCAUUUGUAACAUGUAACACAUUUUUACACGUUUUUUGCUAUUUUAUCUGUUGAUAAAUAUCAGAAUAAAAUUCUGAAAUUUACUCAAUAAAAGAAAUGUGUGUGCUUCAAUCACAUUUGAAACAUUUGAUUCUUGUGUAGCUGUUGUUAAAAA